AUGGAAAUCUUUGACGAGCGCGACGAUGCGGUAGCAGAAGAUGAAGCAUCUUCUAUCCGCCUGAAACCAUGCAUUCUAGAACUCAUACGCACAGAAUACUGUGUGCCGUCGCUCAUCCUGCUCGUGGAUAAGAUAAGCAUCGUGCCUGUGGAGACCCCGCAGGGACCAAAGGAGGCAUUCAAGCUAUGGCUCAGCGAUGGAGAAAAGCGCAUCCAAGCUAUUCUCCGGGCUGAAAUGCAUCGGCUGGUAGUCACUCACUAUGUCCGAGAAGGAUCCUUUGUCCGGCUAGAAAAAUAUCAGCUGCGGAAAUCCCGGCGACUGAAUGGCGAUGGAUAUGUGGUGCAUCUCGCUAUUGCCGAUUUCUACUUUGUGGGCCAGCGACCCGAUGGCGUCGAAGGCGAAGGCGAAGGCGAAAUAGCCAGCUGGGAGCUCGAAACGCGGCAUGAGAGGCCAAAAAGAAAAAGAGAGGCGGAAACCUCUGUGGAGCCAGCGAUGCACAAAUUCUCCGAAACCGCCAGCGAAGCUCAUUCUGAAGAUGCCGUACCUGGUGUUGCUCUCAAGCGCAAACGAACGAACUCCAAUUCCAUUCAAACAGAAGACAUACAGCAUCAAUAUCCAGUCCAAUAUCCAGUCGAAAAUGAACGUGCAAACGACCUCCAUCUCUCAAAUGUCCACUCUUCAACCUCGUCCGGUCGCUCAUCUGCACUCCAGGAAACGACAUCAAAUGGAAAAGCUACAUCCGGGGGCUCAUCCAACAUCACUCCUUCUUCAUAUCCAUCAAAGCCACCACCACCGUCACUCUCCUCCUCUACAACUAAUUUUCCCGCCGACGAAAAAUUAGAGAACGAGAAAGAGAAGGAAAACGCAAAAGAAAACAAGGAGAAUGAACGGAAUACCUCAUCGCCUUCCAUUAUCCCAACAACCUCAACCCACCUCAUUAAGCAUCCGCCUCCGCCUCCGCCCCCUCCUUCCAUCCAACCCCCCUCUCAACCCCGCGCAUCCCCCCUAGCCCCCUCGACAUGCCCGCGCAGCAGCAAAAUCUACACCCUCUCCUCUCUGCUCACCCACGUGCCCUACCGGCAAAACUACAAACUCUCCGUCGUGGCCAUCAUCGACUGGGUCUCUCCGCACCUGAUCAAGCGGCCCAACAUGGAUCUGAAGCGGGACAUUCGCAUCGUGGACCCGACCACGACCCGGCGGGUCCUGCUCAGCGUGUAUGCGGAUCCCGAACACUUCACUCCGGCCGUCGGCACAGUCGCGUUGUUUCGACACUUGAGGAAUCACAAGUGGGAAGGGGCGAGUUUGAACGCGUACAAGUCGGACUGUGAGGGAAAAUCCUGGUUUGUCCCGCUUGUCCCGCUUGUCCCGAUUUCGCAGGGGAGUACUGAACAAGUGGAUGCGGAUGCGAGUGUCAAGGGCCUGGAUGCGCAGUAUAUUCGCGACAUGAGAGCGUGGUAUGCGGCCUACGAGGUCCAGAGAGCCAUAGAGAAAGUUGUGGAUGAGGAAGGAGGGUAGAUAGGAGGUUGGAGCGCUGUUCGAGUUACGAUACUUUUCUCUCUCUCUCUCUCU